CGUUUUAUAGGGUGGUUAGUGCUUUUUUCUCAGCUGUAAAAAUUGUAAACAAAAAAAUUUGGGGCGAUGGCCUUGUGUCGCGUUUGCAAUCAGAGUCCUGGAUCCCUGAUAAACAUAUUCGAUGGGACGGCGGAAUUGAGCUUAAUUGUUUCCCAUUACACUGGCUUAGAAGUUCGACAAGGAGAUUCAUUUCCAGAGACCAUUUGCUCGAUGUGCCUGGAGGAUGCACGGAAUUCAUAUGGUAGCGGUGACCAGCCCCAGGAGGAGGUCUUUGAAAUCUUGGAAUUCCAUGAUGAGGAAGGGCUUCUUGAGGAGGACCCAUUGGAAGAACGAUACUGUCAAGUAAAGAAUGAGGAGCUUGUGGAUGAUUUGCUGGAGGAGGAGGUUUUCAAAAUACCGGACUGCGAGGAAUCAACUGAUAAUGAACAAUUCCAAGUAAAAAAAGAAAGGGUCGAGGAAUCUGAAUCAACUGUCAACAAGUUUCCACCGCUUCCUGUCCAGAUAAAAAACGAGCCAAUUGAAAAUGAACUGUCCGAUGAAGACCUCAGUCAGGAAUCCGAAAGUAUUACUUCUCAAUCGAAUUGCCUGGUGAAGAACGAACCAAUUGAAGAUGAUCAAUUCGAAGAUGAAGUCUCCACGAUUGCAGACUUUGCUGUUGAUCAAAAAAAGGUUCAUAAGCACAAGUGCUCUCGCUGUCAUAAGUCCUUUCGUUUCUCCCACGACCUCAAGAGACACAUUCGGAUCCACGGGUCUUAUCGAUGUGUUACCUGCGAUAAGACUUUUACAUCACAGUCAUCUCUGGACUCUCACGUCAUGACUCACGAGGAAAGACCAUUCGGCUGUACCUUUUGCUCAAAGUAUUUUACGGAAGAUUCCAGGCUUCAGGAGCACAUUUCGACCCACUUGCGACCACAUAAGUGCGGUGACUGUCCAAAGUCCUUUCUUUCGGCGCACGACCUUAAGAGACACAUGCGGAUUCACACGGGGGAACGACCCUACUUUUGUAAGCACUGCCCGAAGACCUUUUCGGAUAGGACUUCCUUGACGUCGCAUCUGAGGGCCCACAACGGGGAGCGGCCCUACAAGUGCACCGAAUGCCCAAUGUCCUUUACGCAGCAGUGCAAUCUUCAGCGGCACAAGCGCUGCCACACGGGAGAAAGACCCUUCAAGUGCAUCUACUGCCCGAAGUCCUUUACACAACACUCUAACCUGGGCCUGCACAUGCAAGCUCAUUCUGGAGAGCGGUUCAAUUGCACCAUAUGUCCCAAGUCCUUUGCCUACAAUAACGACCUAAAACGACACCUUCGCACCCACUCUGAGGACAAAAUCCAGUGUUCCUUGUGUCCGAAAUUAUUUGCAACCAAAUCAAAUCUUACUAAACACGUAGUAAGACUACAUGCAAGUCGUGCAAAUGAAUAGUUGUAAUAGAUUUUAACUAGGACAAUGUAAAUAUUUAUAAGACUAAUUUUAUUAAAUAACCAAAAUUUUCUGAGA